AUGCUCGAUGUGACCAUUAGGCGGCCCAAGAUGACGUCCAAUCAUCAAGACUCGUCAGAUAUCUGGCCCACGAAAGAUAUCGUCUACCUGUCAAUCAUUGGCCCGCUGAUGUUCAUGGCCCUAUUUGAAUGGAUGUUGUGGCUCGCAGCGUUCAUCUACUGCCUGGUCAAGGUGUACAUCAAAGCAGAUCAUUGGAGCAUCAAGGUGAUGGCUAUCGUGAUGAUGGUUUUGUUCUCGGUCGUCCGACUGGUCUUCCUUCCGGUUUUGCUUGUGACGCUCCCCUUGCCGCCCCAAAUCACGAUAUACUUGCCCCAACAAAUGGUCAAUGGUUUUCAAACCUUCGCAUUUUGGGCAUUUUCUAUACUCCUCGUUGGACCGUGGCUUUGCUGUGUAUAUGUGCUCACGACCAAUUCUCUGGGCAGAACCAAAAGGAUCAAGCGCGUGUUGAAUGAUCGGACUGCCCCUAAGACAGUCGUGGUCAUGCCGGUAUACAAGGAGGAACCGGCCGUCUUGAUCAAGGCUGUCGACUCUGUAGUCGAUUGCGACUACCCUGCGAAUUGCAUACAUGUCUUCCUUUCAUACGAUGGUGGCAUGGUGGAUGAGCCCUAUCUUCGGGUUCUUGGGCAUCUGGGCAUUCCCAUCUCACUGAGGAGUUAUCCCCAAAGCAUUGACUGCACCUACAAAGGCGCGCGCAUCACAGUUUCACGGUUCAAGCAUGGUGGUAAAAGGCACUGUCAGAAGCAAACCUUCAAGCUCAUCGACAAGGUCUACGCCGAGUAUUUGAGAAGAAACGAUAACCUGUUCUUGCUUUUCAUUGACUCUGACUGCAUUCUGGACCGAGUUUGCCUGCAGAACUUCAUGUUUGACAUGGAGCUCAAACCGGGAAGCAAGCACAGCAUGCUUGCAAUGACAGGCAUUAUAACUUCAACAACCCCAAAGAAUAGCCUGAUCACCAUUCUUCAAGACAUGGAAUAUGUUCAUGGCCAACUUUUCGAACGAUCCGUUGAAUCUGGCUGCGGUGCCGUGACAUGCCUUCCUGGGGCUCUCACAAUUCUGCGCUUCUCUGCCUUCCGCAAGAUGGCGAAGUAUUACUUCUCCGACAAGGCCGAGCAAUGCGACGAUCUUUUCGACUAUGGAAAGUGUCACUUGGGAGAAGACCGCUGGCUCACCCAUCUGUUCAUGAUUGGGGCCAAGAAGAGGUACCAAAUCCAGCUUUGCACGAGUGCAUUCUGCAAGACCGAGGCAGUGCAAGAUUUUGGCAGCCUCUUGAAGCAACGCCGACGAUGGUUCCUAGGGUUUAUCACCAACGAGGUCUGCAUGAUCACAGAUGUCCGACUUUGGGUGAAGUAUCCUUUGCUGUGCCUCGUCCGCUUCAUGCAGAAUACCAUCCGAACAACUGCCCUCAUUUUUUUCAUCAUGAUUGUUGCGCUGAUGACCACGUCCAAGAAAAUAGACGAUCUUCCUGUCGGUUUUAUGGGAGUCUCCCUUGGGUUGAACUAUUUGCUCAUGGUUUACUUCGGUAUUCGCCUCAAGCGCUUCAAAGCUUGGUUGUAUCCUCUCAUGUUCCUUAUCAACCCUUUCCUCAACUGGGUGUACAUGGUAUAUGGUAUCUUCACGGCUGGCCAGCGCACCUGGGGCGGACCGCGGGUGGAUGCCGCGACUGCCGAUGACCACACUACGCCAGGUGAAGCAGUGCAACACGCGAAAGACCAAGGUGAUGAGUUUAACGUGGAUGUCGACACAUUCCGUGCUAGUCUGGUGCGGCGGAGAUCUGUCCCCGUUCGCCCAUCCGAAGCUGUGGAAGGACGAUUUGCAGCAGCCGAGCAGCUUACAGUUGAUAUGUAUGGUAAUUCGUUUGGAUCAGGACCAGCCCUUGCACGCAUGGUGAACGCGAUGGAAGACGCCGAGUCCCGCCAGCUCCCUCCCCGAUUCCGCCACUCUAUGGAUUCCGUGCUCAGUGAAUCUUCGGAUUGUGGCUCUAGUUCGGUCUGCUUGCCACAGACUGUGGAGAAUAUCGAAGCGAGCGAGGAAGACCGAAAGAAACUUAGUUACGCUCGCCAAGCUCGGGCAUCCAUGAGUACGACCGGUUUCGGCGAGAACCACCUAGCGGGUCCAUUCAGCGACACAUAUGCACUUCACCCAAUGGGUUCUGCAUGCGAGUACGAUGAGCUGCUGGGAAUGAGCCCCCCAGCAGGAACUCAUCAGACUGGCCGCGUUGAGGACAUGUUGCCCGUAUACUCACCCGAGCCGCACAGAAUGCCCAAGUACUUCCAGACCCCGUGA